AUGGCUAAUCCCUCGUUCACUCGUCCCGAUGCGGGUCACACGAGUCAGUUGGAACAACGGCAAAUCAUAGGCGUCCACAAUGCUCGAAGUUUUUAUGCUGCAGACUUUCUAAGCUGUCAAGGAUUGUCCCAGCUUGUCCCAGCGAGAUGGCUCAAGUGGUUAGAGCGCGAAUUUGUUGACCGGAAGGCGCUUGGUUCGAACCCAACCUCUGCCUCUCGACUUCCCCUGUCUAGGUUUGGGCAACCUGGCAGUAUCCUAACACUCGUGCUUCCCUCGGAUGGCAUGGCAGCUAGGCACCGAAAGGGUGUUAGAGCUGAACAGUAG